UCUCUCUCUCUCUCUCUCCCCCAUGAUGAAACCUCUACCAAGUCAAAAAAAAAAAUUUUUAAUGUCGAACCUGGAUGAUGAGUCCAGAUCUUCUGUCCGACCCCUUUAGGACAGGCGUCUUCCCACCCUCUCAGCCGUUCAUCUCACAAAUCAACAGUUGAGAUGACGAUGAUGGACUGAGUAAAGUGCUAAAUCAUUCGUGUGGCCCGAAUUGAAGUUCAAGGCUCUCCGAGUAACCCAAUACAAGUACCAAGAAUCAAGAUACUAGUAUGUCUAAUCAUCAGCUUAUGAGGAUCAUGUUGUGUUUGAUUCAAUGUUGGGUGUCCUUGGUGGAUUCGUCAUCAAGGUUGUAUUGUAGUUUCUUGUAUCCUCAUUAGAUGACUGCAGGAGCAGUUCUAAAUGGGAGAGCAGGUCGCAAAAACUAUAAACUGGUUCCCUGUUCGAAGAAAAAGAAGAUGAGCGGUGAAUCUUCUCUGCCUGAUGAGCUGAUAUUCGACAUCCUUGUUUGUCUUCCGGCCUAUGUUCUUUACAAAUCAACGAGGUACGUUUGUUGGCAGUGGUAUGAAAUCAUCCACGAUCCUCUCUUCUGCAAGGAACAACUCCUUCGUUCCAGUUCCAGCUUGUUAAUGCAAUACUCCUAUACUCCACAUACUGGUGAAUUUGCAGAGUUUGGGGAAAUGAGUGCUACAGCUAUAGAGAUAAAUUUUAUGUUUCCUAACCGGGUUUUGUCUACCUGCAAUGGGCUAGUACUGUUUUGCAAUCCACAUGAUCCUUCAACAUUGCAUGUAGCUAAUCCUCUCACGAAGCAAACGGUAACUGUUCCUCCAUUUAAAUGCCAUCCAGAUGGCUCUUGUAUCUCAUUUGCUUGUGCUUAUUCGAAGAUGGAGUAUAAAGUGCUGUGCACCUAUGGGCCUGAUGGGGGCAAACACAAUUGCAUGAUGUUAACUCUGGGCAAAGAUCAUGCAUGGAAACCGAUCAAAAGUUGUCUGAUCGAGGUUGGAGUAUGGUCAGAGAUUGUCCAUUAUCUGUAGGACAAUUUCUCUACUGGGCUGAUCAUCGAGAAAAGUCUGUUGUUGCUUUGGAUGUGGAAUCUGAAUUAUUUAUUGAGUUUCCUAGCCCAGCAGUUUGGAGUUUUCAUACUCGUACUUCUAUCCUUUACGUAGAGAGAAAGAACUCUAAAGUUGCUCGGUGAUGACUUAUUGUAGAAGUUUGGCGGAUAUUUUUGUCUUGUCUGAUCCUAUGACUGGUGAGUGGAGGAUGCUCUACAAAAUCGACUUUGGUGCUCAACAUUUAUUAACCGGCAUGGAUCAUGCCUCGUUCCCUCCUUCAAGGGAUGAAGCUCUUUUUUUUGCCCCAGUUGCUUGGGUGAACAAGGGUGAUGUGCUGGUUUUGUAUGUUUCAACGCCAUUAGGUAUUGGAGGCUACUGCUUUGCUUUCAAUGUCAAGACUGGAAAUUUCUUCAAAGUUGGGGGCAAGGCGUAUCGUACCCUGAAGGGUUUUUGUUGUGGUUAUACCCAAAGCCUUGAAUCACCGACACCCACCGAGGUAACAAUUCACUAGUAGCAGUAGUUGUAGUUGUAGUGGCCAUAGAUCAAAAUCUGUGUCUUAAUGUUGUUCAUUUUUUGUUGGUACUUCGGAAAUUCAUGUCUUAAUGUUAUUCGUGUCAGCAUUAUCUAUUCCUGAACUUCCUGUGUUUGUUUGUGCAAGUGAAGGCGAGACUAUCCCAGCUAAUAAACCUUGGAUGUGUUUCUUAUUUAAGUUAACAACGUCGUUCGUGUUUUCUCA